AUGGAACUCUUCAUCCCUUUCAUCUAUUUCGGGAUUGUCAUAGUUUUCGUCGGCGUCGGGUGCUUCGGAAAUUUGAAUGUCAUCUGGGCGACGCUGCGGAAAAAGGAGCUACGUGGAAAGCAUGGAACCCUCCUUUUUAUCGUGGUCUGCCUCCACACGGCGUGCUUAUUUUUCGAGUUUUUAACGAUGGGCUUUAAUCUGCUGUUUGUGGAGACCGGGUUCAAGCAGUUGGAGUGUGCUCAAAUUACGGCUGUAUAUUUCUUCGCGUUAACUGUACAAAAUGUGAUGGCGUUGGUGAUAGUGUUGGAUUUGUUAAUAGCGAUAUCUUUACCUAUAAAACAUCGCAUCUGGUCGAUUCGAAUCUAUAUCCCGCUCGUUUGCCUCCCUGCGGUCAUUAUUGGAUGUAUUUUUACCAGUUUUGCAGCGAUCGAGGGCGAUCCGGAGUCAAUAGUGUUGGCCUGUACCCCGCUCGUCUCCUUGGAAGCGACCGUGGAGAAAUGUUGGUUAUGGUGGAAUCUCGCAGUGAAUUUGGCGAUUCUGGUACUCUAUGGGGUGAUAACGAUUAUAAUUACGAUGAAAGCCAAAGAAAUUGCGAAAAAAGCUGUUACUCAAAAUGCUUGCGUAAUGCGGAAGAAGACGGACGAGCAAAAGGUGCUCGCCUCUCUCUCCCUUCUCAUCUCAGUCUUCGAAUUCUCCUGGUGCUCCUACAUCAUCUGCCACAUCAUCCUCAGCCACACCGGGCUGUCCAAGACACCCGAGGCGCCCCUCGUUCAAAUGUUCCUGUCAAUCUUCUCGCUGGUAUGCUUCUCCCAAUCCUAUUACGUAUGCCGGAUACGAUCUGUAGAGUACAGGAAAGCCUUCAAAGAUCAGAUCAAGAUCCUGCUCUGUCAGAAGAAGAAAGCCAAGGCGAAGUGCAAGCAGGAGAAGGCCGAGAAAGCCGAGAAGGAGACCGUUCCCACUACCUCGGGUUCCAACUUCCGGGCUCGCGCGGCUUCUGUUGGUGUCGUCGCCGCAGUUAAGCAAAUUGCCUCAUUCCCACGUGUAGAAUCCACA